AUGUGGACAGCACGGCACGCAAUAGCGUUGCUCGUUGUGCUCACGUACGCCUACUCAAACAUCCUGCCACCAGGAACAACGUUUUCCCAGUCCAUAAAGGAUAUAUUCAGGUUUCAAGACAGUAAAAAAGUACAAGAUAUUGAAGAUGUAAUGUGCUCGGAGGAUCCUCCGGAAAGUCGAAUUCCGACCCGAGAAGAGUUGUUGGAGUUGAUACGAAAAUCAGAACAAGAAGACCACAAAUACGAUGAACAUGUGAGAAAAAAGCGUCAAACAUCUCGAAUAACAUAUCAAGAAUACUUGGAUAAUCUUGGAAAAGCAGACUAUGAUGUUCGGAUAGAAGAAGGAUGGACCGAGAUUCUGUACCCAUUUGGAACAUGGGCAAUGGAUAAACAGUUGAUGGGACAAGCUGGAAGAGAGACGCAGACUAACUUGGGAUUUGAUUGUCCGUUUUAUGGUUUUCGGUUUAAUUAUACAAUGGUUUAUCCAAUGGGAAUGAUUUCAUUCGGACUUCCGCCCUUUUCUGCUCCUCCAUGGACGUUUCCAAAUCCAUCAUGGCCGAAACAGAGGGAUCACUCAUUUAUUGCUCCAUUCUAUGCCGACGCAAUGUUCCAAUGGAUCGGAAACACCAAGAUCAGUAACGUCUUCUUUCGAAGUGUACAUCGCCCACGUCUCGACGACGAUGAAAUUUACGAGCGGAACAGUCAACUCAAUUAUGGAGCACCGAACUAUGCACAAGCGGGAGCCCAGUCGGAUGCAAAUCAACAAUACGCGAAUCCAAGUCUCUACUCUCAGAAUUUGAAUCCGUACUCUCAAAAUCAACAAUACAAUACACAACUCUUACAACAACAGCAACAAAUUUAUGGGAAACGAAAGAAGAGACAAAUGCCGGGAAGAGUCUCCCAACCGGGAAUGGUCGUGGAUCCAUUGCUUCUAGAUAAUAUCACAAGACAUAUUCAGGAUGGAUACACAGGAGCUAACGGAUUCCGAGCAGAACACGCUUUCAUUGCUACUUGGUACAGGAUGGCCCAUGGAGGUGCGGCUCGUGCGUUGGACGUAUCUCAAUUCGAACAUGUCAAGGACUGGCAAAACACUUUCCAACUUGUUCUAGCUUCCGAUGAAAUCAGAACAUUCGCCAUAUUCAACUACGCUCGUCUGAACUGGACGUCUUCGAAUGAAGCCGGCGGUUUGGAUGGUUUCGGAGGCAAACAAGCAGCAAUGGCUGGGUUCAACGGUGGAAACGGAACAGGAUGGUAUGGAAUGCCGUACAGUGGAGAAGGAAGAUUAUGGAAACUUGGAUACUUUUCGAAUGUUUUGACACCGGGUAGAUGGAUUCAUAGAAUUGAUGAAUUGAUUAUUCCUGCUGGAUGCACGAAUGCAUCAAACGGUGCAAUGAUGACAGCUCCACCAUGGGGACCAAUGCAUGGAGGAAUGGCUAUAAAUGUAUCUGGACCUUGUCUCAGACCUGCUGAUGUUGUGAAAGAGUUGAACUUGUGGGAGCGAGGAUUAAGUGUGCGGCGCCGCUACCGACUGAGCCACGCAUGCAGGCAAAGAAAAAGUAACCGCCCGAUUGCAUACAUAAAGGCGAGGAUGACAGCUUUACGCAGAGUGACAUCAAGCGUUUUACACCGUCACGGUAGAAUGCAUACCCUAACUCCAAAAAACCUCCGAAAAAUCUGCUGUCCCCCACCUUUAAGAAGGUUUCAAUUUGUAUUCCAGGUAAACUUUGAAAAUUGGCAGACCAGUUGUGUCCGUUUGAAUAGAGUUCGUGCUCGUUGCAUUAUGCCGAUGUUCCAUAAAAUUGGGAUUGUUCCUAUUAGAAUGAGUAGGGAUGGUGGACAAUCUUUUCCAUUUUUCGGACGAUUUUAUGUUGUCAAUUCGGAAAGAGCACCUGCAUACGUGUCACUCAAGGAUUCCGUAGACAACAAAACAAACCGAUGGUAUGAACCCUAUGCACAAGAAUUGGCGAUGACAUGGCAAGCAAUGAAUUUGACUUGGAAUUCAGGAGCACGAGUUGAUAUCAGUUUAUUUGGAUACUGGGAAGACGCUGAUAGAUCACAUUUUGAAAGGUUGGACUAUCUAGCCAGAGGAAUAGCAAAUACUGGAACCUACUCGUUCCGUCCUCAACAAUUAACAAAACAAUUUCUACUCCGAGAUGCCUGGCAAAAGUUUCAUUUUGGUUUUGUUCAAGUUGCCCUGGCUGAUACAGAAGACGGCGUAAUGUGGAGUAAACCAACACCUUUUCCAUGGUAUCACCUGAAUGAGUGGGAACAUUAUUAUGGACAAAACUGGCCAAUUGAUAUGUGUGUUGAAUGGUUUGAGUAUGAUGGAAAGAGAAAUAACUUCCAAAUUGAUCUUACCACCGAUUUUCCGUGUCCCUGCAAACUAUCCCAAGCUCUUCUUGACUUGGGUCGAUUCAUGCCUCUAAUGGAUUGUGAUAAGGAUGGAGACACUUCUUGUCCUUUUAACAAAGGAGCUCAACAUUGUAUUCAGUCUGUUCAGCCUACAUUUUCUGGAUCUUCACAACAAUGUUGUUAUGAUUACGAAGGAUAUUUAAUGUUUACUGAUGACUGGGAACCUGAUGGUGAUUACACGACAUUCUUCCAACCAGGAACACCUGCUAGAGCUCAUAGAUAUGGUGCCGCUCCAUACAGACUCCCUCCAUUCAUCCCAACUCUUUCCAAUUAUCAGUUGGAUUUGCUUCCAUACAGAACUUGUUGCAAAUACGCAGACCACUGUGAAUUCUACUACUGGCGUCGAAUGACUAAUGGAUGUCAGGACUACCGAGCUCCAGCUGCUGGAUACAUGUAUGGAGAGCCACAUGUGAUCACUUACGAUGGAAUCAGAUACACAAUGCCAGGAAAGGGAUACUAUGUUCUCACGAUGUCCGACAGUCCAUAUCACAAAUUAAUGGUGCAGGUUAGAUUGGAACAACCAGAUGACACACUUUGGCAUGCUCAUGUGAAUGCUACUGUUAUCACUGCUGUUGCCGUUCAGGAAAAUGACAGUUCUAUUGUCCAGGUUUAUGCAAGAAAACCAAUGAGACGGUGGAGAUAUCGAACGGAUGUUUAUGUAGAUGGAUCUAGAAGAUUCUUUGACAAACCACAUUGGAAGCAUCAACAGUUCAAGCAUCUUGAUAUCAGAAACCCACUCCAAAACAUGAAUCAAUCUGAACUUGUGAUAAUGCUGAAAUCUGGAGUUGGAAUUCGAAUUUUCGAAGGAUUUGGAAUGUUGGAUGUUAUGGUGACCCUCCCGCCAAGCUAUAAUACCACUUGUCGACAAGGAGAAUCGAUGUCAUCCGCUUUGAAUUCUCCAUUAGGUCAGCGGAGAUGUUACACGACGUUAGGGCUGCUAGGCGUAUAUGAUAAUGAUCCUGCUAAUGAUUUAACAACUCCGACUGGUGCAGUUACUAGGGUAUCUAAUCCGACAACUACGGCGUCAACAACGCAGAUGAUAUAUGAACAAUUUGCUUCUACUUGGAAAAUUGAUGGAACUAAUGAGAAACUUGGCGGAUUACUGUUUCAAGACAAGUACAAACCACUAUACAAUCCGUUGCUGUUUGCUGAGGCUGAUUAUCGACCUGUCUAUUGGCCACAAACUAUAGACAUGAAUGCAUCAAGAGUUUUUACAAUGGAAGAAGUUGUGAGCACGUGCCAGAACAAUCCAGAAUGCGAAUAUGAUUAUUUGCUAACUGGAAGAAAGGAAAUUGCAUUGACUACGUUAAGAAGGCAGAAACAGUUUAUUGCUCUUCAGAAGACUGGAAGUAAACAGUUAAUAUCUUGUGGUCCAUUGCUGAAGAAAGAAGGCGUGGUUAAGACUCCACCAGCGGCCAACUACUUGGACGGAGACAAAGUUGUGUUCUCUUGUAAACCCAAAUAUUAUAUUCAUGGAGAUAUUGAAAGAGUGUGUAGGAAUGGAACAUGGUCUCCUGGAUGGUGGGCAUGGUGUCGAGACAGAAAUCUGGAAUAUGCCUUGAAAUGGAUGACGGCGUUACUGUCGAUUUUUGGAAUCAGUUUGAUCUUUGUGAUCUUCUUCUGCAUUCUUUGGAAUAUCAGGAAAAAGAAGCAAGCUGCUCAUGCAGAAAGAUUACAGUUAAAGGAUGAAGAAGAGAAUCUGAAGAAAUUAGAGCAUGAUAGAAUACUGGCGAAUAUACCGGAAAAGACACCAUUAAUUGAAAAUGACUUUCGUUCUAAUUACAAUAUAAGUCAAACUUCUCGUCCGUUAUCUCAACCUGCUAGUACUCAUUACACUCCACCAUCAUUUGUUGCUCCACCAGCUCCAACAUACGAAGCAGCAACUUCAUCCCGAAAUCAGUACGAACCAACGAUAAGGAAUAUGAACAUGCCAUUCCAAACAUCUCAGUUCUAA